CGAAGCUUCUCCUAAUUCCUCCCUAUAUAUAUAUACAUCUUUGAUUCCCGAUUCGUACACGGAAACGUAAAUCUCGUCAGUUCUGGAACAUCCAAUUUCCAUUUGUGAUCAUCCUGUCAAGAGAGCGUUCUUCGAUAUGUCUUACUCAAAGAGGUCAAGAUACUCUCCUUCACUCUCCCCUUAUGAGAAGCGUCGUGGAAGGUCUGUCUCAAGGUCCCUCUCUAGAAGCCGGUCGAGGAGUGCCUCAAGCGAUGCAGAGAACCCUGGUAACAGUUUAUACGUUACUGGAUUGUCUCACCGGGUAACUGAAAGAGAUCUCGAGGAUCAUUUCUCAAAAGAAGGAAAGGUAACUGAUGUUCACCUUGUCCUUGAUCCAUGGACUAGAGAACCUCGUGGAUUUGGUUUUAUCUCGAUGGAAACUGUUGGUGAUGCUAACCGUUGCAUCAGAUAUCUAGAUCAUUCUGUUCUGCAGGGCCGUGUCAUCACAGUUGAGAAGGCGAGGCGUCGUAGAGGACGCACUCCAACUCCGGGAAAGUAUUUAGGACUGAGAACCGGUCGAGGACGCCAUAGGUCUCCUAGCUACUCUCCUCGCAGGUCCAUAAGCGGCUCUCGUAGUCGCAGUGGAAGCUACUCAUCUGACCGUAGCAGAUCUUAUUCUCCUAGCUAUCGGAGGAGCAGAAGAUCAUUGUCAAACUCUCCCUACUAUAUGCGAGGCAGAUCUUACUCCUGUUCGAGAUCUCCAUCACCUGGUGAUCGUUACUACAGGAAACGUGAUAGGUCAUACUCACCUUACAACAGGCGGAGGGAAAGGUCAAGGUCAAGGUCCUACUCGCGUAACUACAGAGCACGGUCCAGAUCAUACUCGCCUUACUACAGGCGGCGGUACAGGUCCAGGUCCAGGUCAUACUCGCCUCGCUACAGAGCGCGUGACAGAUCAUACUCGCCAUACCACCGAGGGAGAGACAGGUCCUAUUCACCUUACUACCGAGGGAGAGACAGGUCCUACUCACCUGAAAGUCGCUACUACACAAGGUACAGGUCAGUAUCGAGAAGCGUAAGCCCUAAGAGGAGAAGCAUAUCGCCUAAGAAAGGAAGGAAAGAGAGGAGAAGCAAGUCUCACAGGCGAGACAGCCAAUCUUCAAUGUGUCAUUCAAGGAGUGCAAGAUCAAGCACCUCCAGAUCCGUCAGCCCAUAAUAGUCCUUUUCAAUUUCCUGAUUUGGCUUUAAUGAUGACAUCAAUCGACUCACGUCAUGUGUGUUGUUGUAUUAAAAUAACUAGGAGAGAAUCCGUAUGUGGAUCUUGUUUUAAUAUAUAUUUAAAUACUAUAUUUUAAAAAUUUGUAUUGAAUUUUAUGUUUAUUAUCAGUGUUUUUGCGUUUAAAAUAUUUAUAUUUUUUUAUUUUUUUUUGAUAAUACAUUAUUUA